UUUAGGGUUAAAACAUGGCAGUUCUUUAUUUCUUCUCCAAAGUCGUGGCCCUAGAGCAGUCUGUGCCCUGCUCGAACCCUUUCCUCUCAUGCGACGGAGCCCUUGCGACCAUCCAGCCGUUCGACGGCAGAAGGAGAAGAUGAGGUUGGCAGGUUGCUCCAUUUUUCGACCUAGGCAACGUAGAGGACGAUGCGGACCGCCAUUUCUGGCGGCUCGGAGCUCUUGUCGCCGUUCGGUCUCCUUCUCGCACUAGCAAAAUCACUUUCCCUUCUUGCCAUAAACAGGUAAAGGAAAUGAAAAACUUGGCCAGCCUUGAGUGGAGAGCUUGGGCGGUGUGAUGUACAUACAGGGCCGCUUGACCGCCACGGUCAAGGAGUUCUCAGAGGAACUAGGGGUUUACCCUAUUUUUGCCGCUUAGGCCGGCGGAGUUUGUAAAUUUGGAACUAUAGCGACUCUUUUGUAAUACGAACUACUUGUAAACAUUUUCAAAGGCUCAUGAGCAGUUUAUUUACUUAAUGAAAUGUACCCUUUCCUUUUUACUGGUUUUCCACCUUAACCUGAUAAUAACACUUAGAUCACGUUUUUAACCAAAGGACUCGGGUAGCAGGUCAAAUUUCCGGUUCACCGUUCUCCGUAACUGUUCUGGGGUAGCCAGGGCGUUACAAAUACCCUGAUGAUGGCCCACAAUAUUGGACCUGAAGUGAGAGGCCUUGUAUUCCCUUCGACUCUGGUCAGACCGGUUAGACAAUGGUUCAAGCAAUACAAAAAGCAUUCUAUCAGCUCGUGGAAGGGCUUCUCCGCUGAUUUCAAGAGGGCGUUCCAGGCUUCUCAAGUGGCUCGCAUCAAGACAGACUCCCUUGGAAAUGUAAAGCAGCAGCCUGGAGAGCCUCUAAAAGCAUAUUUGAGUAGGUUCGCCAAUAUUGAUGCGCGAGCUAGAGACGUGGACGAAGGUUCUAGGCUCAUGGCGAUGAGAACAUGAAUCCUUGUUGGGGGCGACCUAUGGAAAGAAAUCCAAAGAAAGGGCGUCAACACCAUGGAUGAGUUCCUUAACAGGGCUCAAAGGUGGAUCAACUUGGAAGAGGCACGAGCUUCGGUCGCAGGAACUAGCCAAGUCCCUGUCAGCCUGUUGGAGCGGUAAUGGACGUCGCAGCUACGGCUCAAACCGUUACGCAAAAUAACCAAGGGGGAAGUAGCAAGAGGAAGGGAAGUGAUGAGGGCGACCAGAAUGGUUCAAAGAAAAACAAACCCGUGGAGAAGUUCAAACCGAUCUAUGCGACUUAUGCCGACCUCAUAGAUACUAGAGAGUGUGAUGAGGACACCAAGACUAAAGAUCCAAGUCUAGUUCCAGUUGGUCUGGUGACGAGGGCACGAGCCAAAAGACUCAGUUUAGGAGCUUGAUGAGUCUUAUUGUAUUUUGUCAUCUUGUAUUUUUUAUUUAGUCUUUGUUUAUUUUUUUGUGAAAAGUCAAACACUUGACUUGGGUGAGUCCAAGAGUCCUUUUGCUUUAUUUUUCGGUUUUAUUUUUUCGGUUUUCAUUAGGAAGACAAAAGGUUGUCUUUAUUUUUCGGUUUUCUUUAGGAAGACCAAGGGGUUUGUGUGUGUGGAAUUUUCGUCCUUAUUAGGACUGCCAAAACUAUUGGAAAACCAGAUUAUGUUGAAUGAAAUUGUGAGUUUAUUUCUUCUUGAGUUCUUGAAGAAACUUUUGAACUUAUCAAGGAGAUUCCUUGUGGCGUUCAUCCUGACUUAUCAAACGGAUUCCAUCCCCGUUUGUGGCGUCUUCCUCAUACCAAGGUUCGUGCUUGGCUAAGAAUUGGGUCGUGGUUCCAUUCCAAUCUCGUAUGUUCUUGGUGGCUGUUCCAUAUUUGGUGUCGGGUUUCAUCACAAUGUUGGUGUGGUUCGUAUCAGUUGGUAUCAGAGAUUAGGAUCAUCCGGUUUGGCCUAUCCUUUUUCAUUUGUGUUUUCUAUUCAAUUCGUUUUUUUUUUCAAUUCUGAAAUAAAAAAAGAAAAAGAAAAAGAUUCAUCAUCUAGUCGUGUUUUGAUUUCUUUGUCCUUGUUUCCUUGUGAAAUCUGAAACUAUUCUAGAGCUUGUUGUUUUCCUUAUUUCAAUUGUUUCCUUGUUUGAAAUCCGAGCCUAGGUUCAUACGGUUUGGCCUAUCUUUUUUUUUUUUUUUGUUUUUCCAUUUCGUUUCUUUGUUCAAAUAUUGCAAUUGAAUUAGGGUUUCUGAAAUUUCCCCUAUUUUGUUUUCUUUUCGUUUCUAAAAUCUUGAAUUAGGGUUCUUAAUUGUGAAAACCGAAUUUUCAUUGAGUUCCUCUUGUUUUGUUGUGAAAUCCGAAUGUGCUUUGGGUUUCUCUUGUUCUUAUUGUGCAAUCCGAAUUGGCAUUGAGUUUUCUCUUAUUCUUAUUGUGAAAUCUGAAAUUGGGAUUGAGAUUCUCUUAUUCUUAUUGUGAAAUCUGAAAUUGGGAUUGAGUUUCUCUUGUUCUUAUUGUAAAAUCUGAAAUUGGGUUUGAGAUUUCUCUUGUUCUUAUGGUGAAAUCUGAGUUGGGCUUGAGUUUCUCUUAUUCUUAUUGUUAAAUCCGAAUUUUGCCUUGGGUUUCUCAUGUUCUAGUUGUGAAAUCCGAAAUUGGUAUUGAUAAUUCCCUUGUUUCAAUUGUGUCCCUGGUUUCAAUUGGUUCCUUUAUUGGUUGUGGAAUCCGAGACUGUUAUAGUGCCACAAAUUAUUUUGGUUUUGAUUUUAUUGGUUGAAUCACAGAUUAGAUUUUGGGAAUAAUCGUUUUGUGUUAUUGGGAUUGUUCUUGAAUCUGUUAUAGUACCACAGUUUGCUUGGUUUUCAGAUUGGUUCUUUGGUGUUCUUAAUUUCAAGGGGAUCCGAACUCUAAAAAUAAAAGAGUCUGGAAACCCCUCUUAAAAAUUUUUGUUCUAAUCUUGUUCCUUAUGGUCUAGAGGCCUUUUGACCAAAACCCCACACAAGUGUUCCAAAAAUCCUCAUUUUUCGUCAUUUUCACCUGUUUUCGUCGGUGUUCGUUUGGUUUGUUUGGUUGGAUUUGCUGCUUGAAUACUCCAUAUUACCGUUGGAUUAGUUUUGAAAGAACUUAAAGAAGAAUACGAGUGGAAAAAGGCAGAGGUGUGAGCCUAUUUGAGGGUAAAAGCCAUUGAAAUUGAGUGAAACACGAAGGGAUUUGAGUGAAAAUAUUAUUUGAGCGAAACACGUGAGGGAGUGUGGUGAGGUCUUUUCUCCAUAUUAUUCUAACCUUAUUUUGCAGAUUUCCAUCAUGGCACAAAAUCCAGAGAAAAAUGCAAGCAAUGAUAUUCCACCACUUGAAGUUCCGAAUCUGCAAAUGCAAGCACUAAUUGGGGAGAUGCGAAGGAUGAUGAGGGCGGAGUGUGAGCAAAUACAUGAGAGGUUGGAUAGGGUAGAAGAAGGAACACAACGGAGGCCACGGAGGAAUAGGGUGUACCAAAGGGGGGAUGAGAAUGAAGGGGAUUUAGAAGGGGUAGUUUCUGAUGAUGAGUUUGAUAGGAUGUCGACGGGUAACCAUAGGAGGUAUGGUGGGAAUAGAGAAGAUAGGAACCAGGUAGAUAAUUAUAUGGGGAAUAUCAAAAUGAGAAUCCCAGCAUUUCAAGGGAAGAGUGAUCCUGAAGCAUACCUUGAGUGGGAGAAGAAAAUGGAGCUAGUUUUUGAUUGUCACAACUACUCCGACAUGAAGAAGGUAAAACUUGCUACCAUUGAGUUUACUGAUUAUGCUAUUGUUUGGUGGGAUCAGUUGUGCAUCAACAGGAAGCGGAGUGGAGAUCGCCCUAUUGACACAUGGGAGGCCAUGAAGAGGGUGAUGAGGCGACGGUUUGUACCACCUCAUUAUUAUCGAGAUCUCUACCUUAAGUUGCAGGGUCUUCGUCAGGGCUACAGAAGUGUUGAUGAGUAUUACAAGGAGAUGGAGAUGGCUAUGAUUAGAGCCAAUGUUGAAGAGACUAUUUGAACUUAUCAAGGGUAUUCCUUGUGGCGUUCAAUCCGACUUAUCAAACGGAUUCCCAUCCCCGUUUGUGGCGUCUCCCUCAUACCAAGGUUCGUGCUUGGCUAAGCAUUGGAUCGCGGUUCUUCAUUCCAUUUCGUGUGCUCUUGGUGGCUGUGCCAUAUUUGGUGUCGGGUUUCACCACAAUCGUUGGUGUGGUUCGUAUCAGUUAAAUGUGGAAGAGGAUCGGGAGGCAACCAUGGCAAGGUUUUUGAAUGGGUUGAACCGAGAGAUUGCUAAUCCAAUUGAGCUACACCAUUAUGUGGAAUUGGAAGAUUUGGUGCAUAUGGCAAUCAAAGUUGAGAGGCAACUCAAGAGGGGUAGUACAAGUUCAAAGCCAAGACCGAGCCCACACAAUUCAAGUGCAACACCUUGGCGGUCAAACUAUCCAAAGAAGGAAGAAGACCAACCUACUUCAUCCUUUACAGCAAAACCAGCCACGACCCCUCAAGGUAAAACAGCCCCUACUUCGUCCCGUUCUAGUGAGAUAAAGUGUUUCAAAUGUCAGGGGCGAGGACACAUAGCUAGCCAAUGUCCAAACAAGAGAGUUAUGGUGAUUCGAGAAAGUGGCGAGCUCGAUUCUGAAGAUGAAGAUGAUCUUGCUGACAUGCCACCAUUGGAAGAUGCUUUUAUCGAUGAUGAAGAGUAUGGGCCAGAAUCUGGUGAGAUGCUUGCACUAGUCACACGACGAGCUUUGAAUUUGCAAGCAAAAGAAGAGGAAGAAGAGGUGCAGCGGGCGAACAUCUUUCACGCUCGUUGUCAUGUGAAAGACAAGGUAUGUAGUGUGAUUAUUGAUGGAGGUAGUUGUACUAAUGUUGCUAGUUCUUCCAUGGUUGAGAAGCUGGGGCUCCCAACGCUUAAACAUCCUUGUCCAUACAAGUUGCAGUGGUUGAAUGAUAGUGGUGAAGUGAGGGUUACAAAACAGGUGCUGGUAUCAUUUCGAAUUGGCAAGUAUGAGGAUGAGGUAUUGUGCGAUGUGGUUCCCAUGCAAGCUGGACACCUCCUUCUAGGAAGGCCUUGGCAAUUUGAUCGGCAGGUGCAGCAUGACGGCUUCACCAACAAGUAUUCAUUCACAUUCCGUCAACGAACAAUCACUCUAGCGCCUUUGACACCAAAACAAGUAUAUGAAGACCAAGUGAGGUUGCAAAAAUUGAGUGAUAAAAAAAAAUUGAGUGAGCAAAAGAAGGAGAGUGAAAAGAUGAAUGAGAGUGAGAAAAAAGAGAGACAAAGAGAGAAAAUGGUCGAAUCAAGUGAGAGAGAAAAGAAAGAGAAGAGUUCGAUCAAUGCGGGAAAAUUAGAGAGAAAACAAAAUAAUUUUUAUGCAAAAAAAAGUGAGGUUAAGGAGGCCCUUUUAAACACUAACCAACUUGAUGCUAACAAGGAUCGUCACAAGCAGGUUUUUGACCCCGGUGAUUGGGUAUGGGUACACAUGAGGAAAGAGCGAUUCCCAGCACAAAGACGUUCCAAAUUGCUACCUCGAGGAGAUGGUCCAUUUUAAGUGCUAGAAAGGAUCAAUGACAAUGCCUACAGACUCGAUUUACCAGGUGAGUAUACUGUUAGUGCUACUUUUAAUGUUUCUGAUUUGAGUUCUUUUGAUGCAGGUGAAGAUUUGAGGACAAAUCCUUCUCAAGAGGGGGGGGAAUGAUGAGGACACCAAGACUAAAGAUCCAAGUCUAGUUCCAGUUGGUCUGGUGACGAGGGCGCGAGCCAAAAGACUCAGUUUAGGAGCUUGAUGAGUCUUAUUGUAUUUUGUCAUCUUGUAUUUUUUAUUUAGUCUUUGUUUAUUUUUUGUGAAAAGUCAAACACUUGACUUGGGUGAGUCCAAGAGUCCUUUUGCUUUAUUUUUCGGUUUUAUUUUUUCGGUUUUCAUUAAGAAGACAAAAGGUUGUCUUUAUUUUUCGGUUUUCUUUAGGAAGACCAAGGGGUUUGUGUGUGUGGAAUUUUCGUCCUUAUUAGGACUGCCAAAACUAUUGGAAAACCAGAUUAUGUUGAAUGAAAUUGUGAGUUUAUUUCUUCUUGAGUUCUUGAAGAAACUUUUGAACUUAUCAAGGAGAUUCCUUGUGGCGUUCAUCCUGACUUAUCAAACGGAUUCCAUCCCCGUUUGUGGCGUCUUCCUCAUACCAAGGUUCGUGCUUGGCUAAGCAUUGGGUCGCGGUUCCAUUCCAAUCUCGUAUG